UAUUAUGUUUGCAUGAUACAAAUGAUGAUUUGAAGACCUUAAAUUUUUUUAGAAAUUGAACAACCCCAAAUGUAAAUGGCAACAGAGAGAGUUUUGGUGUUGGGGGCUGGUCAUGUUGUUGGUCCAGCAGUGCAGUAUCUGACUAGAGAACCCAGAACUUCUGUCACUGUUGUUUCACAGUUCCAGGAGGAGCUUGACAAUAUAAAACAAAAAUUUCCUGGUGUGCACACAGUUCAGAUGGACUUGAGCUUAGGUUAUUCAGAGCUGGAGAGACAUUUAGACAAUCAUGAUAUUGUCAUCAGCUUGCUUCCAUGCCACUUCCAUCCAGACAUCGCAAAGCUGUGCAUCCAACACAAGAAAAGCAUGUUGACUGCUAGUUAUGUUAGUCCAGAAAUGAAAGAGCUACAUCAUGUGGCAAAAGAAGCAGGAAUCACCAUCUUGAAUGAAGUUGGUCUUGAUCCAGGUAUUGACCACAUGCUAGCUAUUCAGUGUAUUGAUGAAGUACAGAAAGCAGGUGGAAAGAUAACUUCAUUCUCAUCUUACUGUGGUGGACUCCCAGCUCCAGAAAACAAUGAUACUCCUCUUCUUUAUAAAUUCAGUUGGUAUCCUAAAGGUGCACUUAUGAACCUCAUGUCAUCAGCAAAGUAUCUUAAAAAUGGCAGUAUAGUUGAAGUGCCUGGAAAAGGUGGCUUGCUAGAUGCAGUUGAAAAUCUCACCUUCAUGCCUGGUUUAAAUUUGGAAGGUUUCCCCAACAGAGACUCAACUGUGUAUGCUACUGAGUAUGGGAUUGAAUCUGCUCAUACAAUAUAUAGAGGAACUAUACGUUACAAGAAAAUUGUGAUAAGUUAUUCAAUUGUAUUGUUGAGGGUUCGACUGAAGCUGUUAAAGGUUUGA